AAGCAUGCAAACAACUGGUCAAUGAUACAAUAGAUUGGCAAUAUCAGGAAGGAAUAAUCAAUAAGGAAAAGAAAUCAAUUCUUUCAGAGUCUCUAAAAGUUGUUGAUUUAGCAGAGCAGGUAUUUGGUGCAAACCAUGCUAGAAGCCAACUUGCUAAUGAAAUCAAUGAAUGGCAUCCAAUAUCUAAAAAAGUAAAUGAAAAUAUAAGGCAAGCCUGUGUUGAGCAUGGGCAUGGUAGACGCUGGAAUGCAUCCGAUUAUCACGUCAAUGAUGUCGUAUUUAUCGAUAUGAAAGAAUGUUAUCUAGCAAGUAUGCGAGGUAAAGGAGAAUAUACACCAUGGUUCAAUAGGUUUGGAUAUCCAUCACACUACCUUGUUCGAGUUGUGGUAAAUGAAGAAUUACCGGAGGAUGAUAUCGCUGGAUUUGCGCACAUAAGAUCUUUUAAAUUUGCAUCAAAUAUAUAUUCAGUGAUUCCCAUCUGGUACAGAAAACAUUUUGCGUGUCGAAGUGGAGAAGGAUAUGAAAAAGAAAAAGGAUAG